AUGGUUAAAGUAUUCUGUAUUGUGUCAAGGAUUCUUCCUGAUAAAUCAGUAACUGAUGAUACCACAUCAUUAUAUUCAACAACAACAAUAAUGGAAUCAAUAACAACAAGUUCAUCAUUACAAUCAUUCAUCAAUCAUAAUAAUCAAACAUUAUUCAAUGAACAUCUUGAUCUAUUCAAUAUUGACGAACUUCUCAAACAACACUCCCAAUGA